UCACGACAGCAAGUUGUAAAUGCCUAGCAUUUGACCCUAAUUUCUAACCCUCGUCCAUCUUUUGGUAAUUUGUCUUAUUUUGCAGUACUGUAUUUUUUAUUUUGUUUUCCCGGGUUUUCCCAGCUUUCCCUCUUUUUGCCAAACCCCGCGAGCGAGCAUAUAGGUAAUCUUCAAUGUGCGCGCUCGAGAGCUCUCGCCUUUGGAGAGCGGCCCUGCUCGCCGCUCCACUGUUUUCUCGUGAUGUCUUCGGGCAGACCCAAAGCCAAGCCACGGCCACGACCACGGCCACGAUCACGACCAGCCCGCCCGCCGCCAAGAUCACCGCCGACCCCUUUGAAGGAUGGCAGAUCUCGGGAGGCAUGAGUAAGUCCUUCUGUCUCUCUCUCUCGUUCGCCCCCGCGACGCCGCAGCUAACGGAGAGAUCGCCAGCAAUACCGGUGUCAUGCCCCAACGGCGAGGUAUUCGUCACGUCGGCCAACUUCGCGGCCUGCUGCCCGUCGGCGUCCUCGUUGCCGGCCCAGUGCACCUUUGCUACGGCCUGCGAGGGCAACGCCGUCGCGUUUAAGGACGGCGAGACUUCCAACUGUGGCCCGCUGCAAUGCCGCACGCGGAAGAUCUACCAGAGUCUCCAGAAGAACGCGCCGGUCCUCACGGAGCCGCUGUGCCUGAGCAGGACGGACCCGAGCACGCUGUUCCGGGAGGUGCCGAUGACGGCGGGGCUCGUGCUGCCGCUCGCGGUUGUCGACGAGUUCGCGGUGGCGGCCGCGACGACCAACGCGCCCGUCAUGUUCACGAUCCUCGACACCAAAGACUCGCCCACGGCGGUGGGGGCCGCGCCCGCCAGCAGCACCGCCACCGUUGCCGCCAGCGACCCCGCGCCGCCGAACUUCGCGCCCGCCGUCGUCGGCUCUAUCCUCGGCACUAUCGCCGUCAUCGGCCUCGUCUUCCUCGCCUUCUGGUUCGGCCGCCGCCGCGGCAACGGUGGCGGUGCCGGCGGCGGCAAGUACCAGCGCCGCAACUCGUACGACAGCCUCGAGGCCCUCAAGGUCAAGCCCGAGAGCCCCUUCGCCCGCGAGAACCGCUACGAUCCCCGCGCGCUCCCGAAGCCGAGAACGCCGAUCGAGCUCACGCCGUCGCGCAUGCUGCGCUUCCCCGAAGACCGGUUCGACGAGAAGGAGAUGUACCCGGGCCCGUCCCGGCUGGGUGAUUCGGCGAUGGAACGGUGAUAAUGGGCGAGAUCUCCAGGUGGGAAUUUGACAUGUUUAGCAAGCGUUGCAUCCGGUCCUUGGUUUGGGUAGUAUUCAUGCAUAUCGG